AUGGACUCUAAAUCAGUGGAGGCAUUCCAUGAGAACAUAAACCAGCUGGAACGGGACCUGAAGCUGCAAGCCAGCUCCAAGGCUGAAGCACACAAAGCUGCUGACAGGAAGGGGAAAAGGAAGACUGGGCACCGUUUGCUCUACCCAGACUCAUUCCUCUUCAGACACUGGGGUGCAGAUUUAAGUGAGGAGGAGCAAACCCUUGCACAGAAUCUGUUCUUGAAUUAUGGGUAUAAUGUUUAUCUCAGUGACCAGCUGCCUCUGGAUCGACCUCUCAACGACACCAGAUCUCCCAGCUGCAAAAGGAAAACCUAUCCAAAAGACCUUCCAACACUGAGUGUUGUCCUUAUAUUCAUGAAUGAAGCACUGUCAAUCAUCUUACGGGCAGUCACCAGUGUAAUUAACAGGACACCUUCUCAUCUGUUGAAAGAAAUCAUCCUGGUAGAUGAUUACAGCUCCAAUGAUGAUCUGAAAGGACCUUUGGAAAUGCACAUCCAAAAUUACAAUGCAAAACAUCCUGGACUGAUAAAGAUCAUCAGACAUCAGAAAAGAGAAGGCCUCACUCAAGCUCGUAUUUCAGGCUGGGAGGCAUCAACGGCAGAUGUUGUUGCAAUUUUGGAUGCCCACAUUGAAGUCAACACAGCAUGGGCUGAACCGAUUUUGUCUCGACUGAAAGAAGAUCGCACCGUCAUCAUCUCACCAGUGUUUGACAAAAUUGGGUUUGAUGACUUUGGGCUUAAUCAGUAUUCAGUGGCUGCAGAUGGAUUUGACUGGGCUCUCUGGUGCCUUUAUGAACCAUUGCCAGCUGAAUGGUAUGCUCUGAAAGAUGAUACAGCCCCUGUCCGCAGCCCAUCCAUAAUGGGGAUACUUGCUGCAGAUAGGAAAUUCCUGGGAGAGAUUGGUGUACUGGACAGUGGAAUGCACAUAUAUGGAGGAGAAAAUGUGGAACUUGCUGUGAGGGCCUGGCAGUGUGGAGGUAAAGUAGAAGUGCUGCCCUGUUCAAGAAUUGCUCAUGUGGAGAGAGCUCACAAGCCUUACUUGAUGGACCUGACCAUAGCGAUGAAGCGCAAUGCCUUGCGUGUGGCCGAAGUCUGGAUGGACGACUACAAGUACAUGGUCUAUGUUGCAUGGAAUCUUCCAGUUGAGAACCAUGGAAUAGACUUUGGAGAUGUAUCUUCCAGAAAAGAGCUAAGGAAAAAACUGAACUGCAAAGGCUUUGACUGGUACAUAAAAAACGUUUACCCAGGCUUAAUCUUUCUUCCCAACAUUGUUGGCUAUGGAACAAUGAGAAACACUUUGAAAGAAGACCUCUGUGUUGAUCAAGGUGCUGUCCCUGGACACACACCAAUUGUGUAUCCCUGUCAUGCAUACUCCUCUCAGCUCAUCUUUUAUCAGACCUCUGGAGAAAUGUUUGUAGGAGGUUUAUAUGCCCGAAGGAGCAAUGUUGAGAGAUGCCUAACAGACCCUGGGAAUGGGGACCUACCAGUUCUAGAGAAAUGUGACACAGCUGUGAAUAAAGGCCUGAACAUGCACUGGGAUUUUAAGCAGGGAUCAGCCAUAAUCAACAGAAGCACUAAAAGAUGCCUUGAAAUCACAGCCCCCAACCCCUCUUCAUACAGACUUGUGAUGCAGACCUGCACAGGACAAAGGUGGCACAUCCAACACACACUUAAGGGCUGGGGAAAGACAAAAGACCUGGAACAGAAGACACAGCCCCCAAAGCAUUGACUGUAGGUCAG